UUAUUUAAGUGCUUCGUGCCUUUUAUGCAUUCAUAACCAUGUGAGCCAGAAUACGUUAAACGUCGUUUUUUGCCAAUAGAUAUGACUACAUACUAUUUCUACCAAUCUUGAAGGGCUGUUGCAUUCUGUCUCUACGGUAAUAAAUAAUUGCGUCACAAGAUGAACGGAAGUGCGACUGCAGUUGCGCACGCAUCUCCCACUUGAAAAUUGUUGCCAUUUAUCAAUAUCUACGGAUUGUUUCUUGCACAUUAGUUGGGAGAUUGUAUACUUUUUACUUCACACAGAGAAUACAAAUCUGACAAGAUGGCCAGCUGCAAUUUUCAGGCGCAGUUGGUAUCCAUUAUGGAGAUAUUAGCUAAAGCAGCUGUGGCAGAAAUAAACAAACGGGUUGAUGAUAGCUGUGCAGUUAUACGUUUGGAAGUGACCCAAAGCCAGCGAGAUAUUGAUGGACUGAAAAGGAAGUGUCAAAUGAUGGAGGGCGAGCUGAAGAAGACAAGAGUCAGGAGAAAAGAGAGAUCUUCAUAUCCAGUCAAGAUUGUUUUGAACAAGCAGAGGAAUAGCUCACAGUGGAGCGACGAAGAGAUGGCUGUUGAAGAGGACUCUCAACCCCAGCCUACAGAUGUGGAGCAGAGAGCAGAGACUGAACCCAUACUGAUCAAAGAUGAAGAGACCGCAGAGGAUGUGUGGAAGACUGACCCUCAGGAAGAGCUCAGGAUCACUGGAGAGGAGUCUGGUUCCAAGCCUGGGAAACCACCAUCCUUUGAGCAACGGCGCUGUGAUGAGGACUUCAUCACACAACCCAACAUAUCUCCCGAAGACUCAGUGGAACAUUACCCAAAUUCUGAUGGUCCAGAGGAACCAGGCACAUCCCGGCUCACGUCUACAGAGGUGUUUAGCACAGAGCAGCACCGGCCAGCCGAGGAUGAGGACUCGCUAGAGCUAGUGAUGGUGAAGGAUGAGAAAAAGGAGGAGCUGGAUCAGACCACGGCCCAAGCAGGACUUGACCAGUUUGUCAUGGAUGAGACUGAUGGGCAGCUGUGGACCUCUGUGGAUCCAGGCAGACACACUGAUGGCCACCCAGAUUUCUCAUUUCAUGCCACAGAGGAGUACUCUCAGAAUAUAUCAAUUUUCCCAUCUCAAAGUGUGCUGCCAUCUGUUCCUACUAUGACAGAUGAUGUAUGGCCAUUGCUUCCCUCUUCUAUAGGGAAACCACAUGCUGACAUGCUCAAUGCAGCAGCACACAUGAAAAGACAUGUCAGGACAUUGGCUGAUGAGACUAGACAACAGAUGCCAGAAGGACAGAGCAGUGAGAUGCUGAACUCAAAUAAUGAUGGAAAUAGUUUAGCUCUACAGCCAAGGCAGCAUCAGCACAGGGCUUCAGAAGCAACAGUGAGAAUGAGUGAGUGCAUGACAGGGUCAAACAUGGCCACCACCUCCACCUUCUCUGGAUACAGCCUGAGUCGCAGUAGUUUUAACAUGGUGAAGAGAAUGAGGACUCAGUGGAGGUCGGGCGGCACCACCGAGAGGCGUUUCAGCUGCACCUUCUGUGGGAAGAGCUUCCAGCGUUUCAGCCAGCUCAAAGUACACCUCCGGAGUCACACCGGAGAGAAACCGUACACCUGCGAACAGUGUGGCAGGAGUUUCACCAAGCAGUGCAACCUGAUCAGACAUGCUGUGGUCCACAGUGGGGAGAAGCCCUACGAGUGCACACAGUGUGGGAAAUGCUUCACCCAGCGCUCCAGUAUGAAGUCACAUCAGAGAACUCACAUAGGAGAGGGUCCAGUGUCUCAACAUGUGGUACCUGCAUACCCUGGGGAUCAACACACAGGUUUAAUGUUGUCUCAGACGAAAUGGAGCAAAUAAAACAUAAUUGUAUAGUUUUUUUGGUAACAUUUUCUAUGUGAUAAUGUGGGAAGAAGUUAAGAGACAUUUCUACACGCUUUUCCUCCAAACUGAUUUGUGAACUGGUUUCCGUGUUUGACUGUUCGUCACAUUGAUUUUAACAAACAAUUGAUUUACUACUGGUAACAUCAAUCAUAAAAAAACAUUCCAUAUAACAUGUUUGAUACAUUUGAAUGUAUUUAAAGACUGUCAAUCUGCGCUUUUAGAUAAAGAACAUACUGUAUAUAGGAGCCAUUUUCGUAUGUGUUGACUUGUUAGUGUUUGUCUAUCCGGGAUAUAAUUUCUUGCCACAUGGGGCAGUCUCAUAUCAAGUCAGGUUAAUACCUUAACUUGAUUUCCUAAGUUAUAGUCUGCCUUAAAAUCUUACAUUAUAUCAACUCAGCUAGGCAAUCAAAUAUGUUUCAGUGUAAUAGCUUACAUCUUACAUGUACAGUACCAGUCAAUAUUUUGGACACCUGCUCAUUUCAAGGGUUUAUAUUUACUUUUACUACAUUGUAGAAUAAUAGUCAUCAAAACUAUGAAAUGACUCAUAUGAAAUCAUGUAGUAACCAAAAAAAAGUGUUGAAUCCAAAUAUAUUUUGCCUUGAUGACAGCUUUGCACAUGCUUGGCAUUCUCUCAACCAGCUUCACCUGGAAUGCUUUUCCAACAGUCUUGAAGGAGUUCCCACAUGCAGAGCACUUGUUGGCUGCUUUUUCUCCACUCUGCGGUCCAACUCAUCACUAACCAUCUCAAUUGGAUUGAGGUCGGGUGAUUGUGGAGGUCUGGUCAUCUGAUGCAGCACGCCAUCACUCUCCUUCUGGGUAAAAUAGCCCUUACACAGCCUGGAGGUGUGUUUUGGGUCAAUGUCCUGUUGAAAAACAAAUGAUAGUCCCACUAAGCGCAAACCAGAUGGGAUGGCGUAUCACUGCAGAAUGUUGUGGUAGCCAUGCUGGUUAAGUGUUCCUUGAAUUCUAAAUAAAUCACAGUGUCAUCAGCAAAGCACCAUCUCACCUCCUCCUCCAUGCUUCACGGUGGGAACCACACGUGGAGAUCAUCUGUUCACCUACUCUGCCUCUCACAAAGACACGGAGGUUGGAACAAAAAUCUAAAAUUUGGACUCAUCAGACCAAAAUACAGAUUUCCACCGGUCUAAUGUCCAUUGCUCGUGUUUCUUGGCCCAAGCAAGACUUCUUAUUGGUGUCCUUUAGUAGUGAUUUCUUUGCAGCAAUUCAACCAUGAAGGCCUGACUCACACAGUCUCCUCUGAACAGUUGAUGUUGAGAUGUGUCUGUUACUUGAACUCUGUGAAGCAUUUAUUUGGGCUGCAAUUUCUGAGGCUGGUAACUCUAAUGAACUUAUCCUCUACAUCAGAGGUAACUCUGGGUCUUCCUUUCCUGUGGCGGCGCUCAUGAGAGCUAGUUUGAUCAUAGCGCUUGAUGGAUUUUGCAACUGCACUUUUGCAACUGCAAUUUUCCGUAUUGACUGAUCUUCGUGUCUUUAAAGUAAUGAUGGACUGUCAUUUCUCUUUGCUUAUUUGAGCAAAUAGAAAUAGACUUGGCCUUUUACCAAAUAGGGCUAUCUUCUGUAUACCACCCAUAUCUUGUCACAACACAAUUGAUUGGCUCAAAUGCAUUUAGGAAAGAAAUUCCACAAAUUAACUUUAACAAGGCACACCGGUUAAUUAAAGUAUUUCAGGUGACUAUUUCAAGAAGCUGGUUGAGAGAAUGUGCAAAGCUGUGAUCUUAGCAAAGAGUGGCUACUUUGAAGAAUCUAAAAUGUCUAUUUUGAUUCAACACUUUUCUUUGGUUGCUACAUGAUUCCAUGUCUUCACUAUUAUUCUACAAUGUAAAAAAUAUUUUUGGAAACCUUGCACUUUUGACUGGUACUGUAUGUUCACACAACUUUACAUUUGACAUUUGGGCAACUACGCUUUUCCUGUGUAAUUUGUCUAAACUGACACCACUGGAACUGUGUAAAACUGGCUGAAUCAAAGAUCAUUAGCUACUGUAGAUAAGAAGUGGAUUGAUAUGAUUAGUAGUUUGAAUAAUGUACUGGUUCAUUGAUUUGCCAAUAAACAGAGGCAGAGAUAAUAGGGGAGAUAUACAGAAUUAUACAAACAACGGGUCCAAUCCUGGAUGCUGAUGGGUUAAAACUGCAUUCCAGCUGGUGUCUAUUUAGGUGAUAAUGACCAAGAAGCCGGUGUUUGAAAUCGUGCCAAUAUAUCCUCCAAUCACCGGCUUCUCUGGCAUCACUUUAAUACAACGGGUUAGCAACAUAUUCAAAUAAUGAUUGACAUUUUCAUUAAAUGUUAUUUUGAUUAAUGUAUUCAUACUAUUUCAUCCCUCCGCAAGAUAUAGUCCCGACACAAAUCUAGGGAUGCUACUCAAGCAAGUUCUAUUGGUUUGGUUACCAGAGACUCGACCCAGUUGUUCAGUCUUUUUGUUCUCUGUCUAUGGGCGCGACCCAGUCAUUGUAAAUGUUCCAUUGCCAUACUGGCUGGGAACAUUGUUAUCCCUUGCUUGUCAUCUAUUGAUAGUUCUUUGAAUAUAUCCUUUAAAAGGAUAUUGAUUCAUGAUUUUGACUGGGUUGCGCAGUUAGAUGGAACAGAGUAAAUGCGUCAUAGAUUUAGCCGGGGGUAAUUUGUGGAAAUAGACACUGGCUGGAAUGCGGUUUUAACCAAUCUGCAUUCAGGAUUAGACACACCCAUUGUAUAAUCCACAAAUUACCACCCACUACGGCUAUGAGUUUGAAAUACCUAUUUACUGUUCCUACUCACUGCAAUCCACCGUCUCAUCUGCCCAACCGAGCAAUUUAUAAUCUUGAUCCUCACUGUAAAAAAAGCAUUUUUCUCCCCUUUCUUUUAGACUAGCAUUUGGUUUUCAAUGGCGGAGAUUUGUAUAAACCUUGCUGUCCAUCUCUCUGGCCUUUGCAACAUUGUUUUAAUUAACGUGUCAGGACGAGAUAUGGCGCUUUCAAGACAACUGGGUCAUAUCAUGACUUCGGUGAUCUUUAUGUCAGAAAGUCAGAGCUCUAGGAAGAUGCCUAUAAUUCCGAGUUGGAUGACUGUUGAACAAGGAAAACAAUCCCAGUUGAAGCUUGUUUUUUUCCCCAGAUGUUCUGAACGUGGCGAUAGGUUUCUCAGACAAACUGCAUCAUUUAAGGAUUAUAUACAAAGAAAUGUCAAUAGAAAAACCGGUCAAACGAAAUGCAUCUAGAUUGCCCUCUUUUCAGUUUAAGUGAUUGUGUUAGCUGUGUAGUUAGCUCGCUCCUCUGAGCAGUGUGCCAACGAGAGAGCGCAUUUUCAAUGCCAGGCGAAAUUGCGCAUCAUUAGCCCAUGACCUGCAUCCAUAGACAUUAAAAACAGAUGUAUCAUGUAUCCAUAUAAAUGUAUGGUAAUUGAUUCAGGCCUACAAAAGUAUUCACCCCCCUUGGCAUUUUUACUGUUUUGUUGCCUUACAACCUGGAAUUAAAAUAGAUUUGGGGGAGGGGUUUGUAUAAUUUCAUUUACAAAACAUGCCUACCACUUUGAAGAUGCAAAAUAUUUUUUGUGAAACAAACAAGAAAUAAGAAAAAAACAGAACUAUUCACCCCCCAAAGUCAAUACUUUGUCGAGCCACCCUUUGCAGCAAUUACAGCUACAAGUCUCUUGGGGUAUGUCUCUAUAAAUUUGGCACAUCUAGCCACUGAGAUUUUUGCCCAGUUUUUUGGCAAAACUGGUCCAGCUCCUUCAAGUUGGAUGGGUUCUGCUGGUGUACAGCAAUCUUUAAAUCAUACCCUAGAUUCUCAAUUGGAUUGAGGUCUGGGCUUUGACUUGGCCAUUCCAAGACAUUUUAAUGUUUCCCCUUAAACCACACAAGUGUUGCUUUAGCAGAAUGCUUAGUGUCAUUGGAAGGUGAACCUCCGUCUCAGUCUCAAAUCUCUGGAAGACUGUAACAGGUUUCCCUCAAGAAUGUCCCUGUAUUUAGCACCAUCCAUCAUUCCUUCAAUUCUGACCAGUUUCCCAGUCCCUGCCGAUGAAAAACAUCACCCCUUCACGAUGCUGCCACCACCAUGCUUCACUGUGGGGAUGGUGUUCUUUGGGUGAUGAGAGGUGUUGGGUUUUAGUAUCAUCUGACCAGAGUACCUUCUUCCAUAUGUUUGGGGAGUCUCCCACAUGCCUUUUGGAGAACACCAAACAUGUUUGCUUGUUUUUUUCUGCCCUAUCUUCCGUAAAGCCCAGCUCUGUGGCGUGUACAGCUUAAAGUGGUCCUAUGGACAGAUACUCCAAUCUCUGCUGUGGAACUUUGCAGUUCCUUCAGGAUUAUCUUCGGUCUCUUUGUUGACUCUCUGAUUAACAGUGGGUUAACAGCCUUGUUCAGGGACAGAACGACAUAUUUUUACGUUUUCAGCUCGGGGAUUCGAUCUUGCAACCUUUUGGAUACCAGUUCAACGCUCUAACCGCUAGGCUACCUGCCGCCACCCCAGCAUUGAAGGUCCCUAAGAACACAGUGGCCUCCAUAAUUCUUAAAUGGAAUAAGUUUUGAACGACCAAGACUAUACCUAGAGCUGGCCGCCCGGCCAAACUGAGCAAUUGGCGGAGAAUGGCCUUGGUCAGGGAGGUGACCAAGAACCCGAUGAUCACUCUGGCAGAGCUCUAGAGUUUCUUUGGGGAGAUGGUUAUCCUUAUGGAAAGUUCUCACAUCUCUGCCGCACUCCACCAAUCAGGCCUUUAUGGUAGAGUGGCCAGACGGAGGCCACUCCUCAGUAAAAGGCACAUGACAGGGAGACUGGUCAGGAUCAAGGGAAAAAUGAAAGGCGCAAAGUACAGAGAUCCUUGAUGAAAACCUGCUCAGGACCUCAGACUGCGUCUAAGAUUCACCUUCCAACAGGACAAUGACCAUAAGCACACAGCCAAGACAACGUACGAGUGACUUCGGGAUAAGUUUCUGAAUGUCCUUGAGUGGCCCAGCCAGAGCCUGGACUUGAAUCGCUGCCAAAUGUUUCAACAAUGUACUGAACAAACAAAGGGUUUGAAUACUUAUGUAAAUGUUAUACUUUUGUUUUGUCAUUAUAGGGUAUUGUGUGUAGAUGGGAGGCUGGACUAUUUAAUCAAUGUUAUAAUAAGGCUGUAAUAAAUGUGGAAAAGUCAAGGGGUCCGAAUA